AUGACGAUUCAUGAUGAUGUUCGUGAAGAAUUGGGGUUUGAAUCUGUUGUUGUUACAAUGAUUGAUGUCGCGAUGAAGAUGAUGGAUAUUGAAGAUUGGAGUAACAGGGAAUGUUACGGAUUGAAACAGAAGGUUGAUAUCGAAGAUGAAGAUGCGGUGCCGAAAUAUUGCAAGUUCCACGAAGAUUCGCAAAUGAUGAUGAUGAAUAUCUUGUUUCAGAAUGGAGAAAAGUUAGUUACGCUCGAUCCCAUCCAAGCCCUUGAUUCUGCUAGUUGGGCUGAACUGGUUUCUUUUUGUAUUUGUUGUGAACAGGACAACAAAUUGAAUGAAGGCUUGAGCGAGCUUGACAAAGGCAUGACAUUGAAGGCAGAAUCAUGGAGUAAUGGCAAGAAUUUUAAGGCUAUGAUGAAGCUUAGAAUAAGGAACAACAUGAUUAAGCAUUAG